AUGGAUUUCCUAAAGCGCUUUACGAAACGGUCAUCUUCAGCAAACGAUACACCAGAUCCGUAUGCCGACGAUGACGUCUAUCCGGUGCAUGUGCUAGACGACACGAAGACAUUCCGCAGCAUCCUGAUCACAUGGACGCUCUGUUUCAACGAUGUCCUUGACGCAGACAAACUUGAAUCCUCGCUAGCAAAGCUCUUGGAAACUGGAGAUUGGAGAAAGCUAGGAGGCCGCUUGAGACUCAAGGCCGAUGGCGCACUAGAAAUUCACGUCCCCCGUGCCUUCACAUCAUCCCGCCCUGCCUUCUCCUAUACCCACAACACCAUCGCCGCCCCAAUCUCCGCCAACGAACUAGCCGGGAAACUCCCGAAAUCACCUAACGGAACCAUCACAACCAACCCCGGACCUACAGACUUCAACGACUUGGCCACUUCACCCUCCGCACCCACAACAAUCGAGGAUCUCCUUUCUGGUGAUGUGCCCCAGAUAUCCGUCCACAUAACUUCCUUCACCGACGCAACGCUCGUAGGCUUAUCAUGGCCGCACACCCUAAUGGAUGUUAUGGGCCAAGCUGCUUUUGUUCAAGCGUGGUCGAGCGUAUUAGCCGGUCGGGAGGCCGAAGUGCCGCCUGUACUGGGUGCGCAGGAAGAUGCAUUGACGGCGUUGACUGAUAGCGCUACUAGCAUGUCGGAAGAAUACAUGCUAAAGUCCAAACAGCUGAAAGGACUCAGCUUCGUCAAGUUUGGGGCGAGGUUCGCGUGGGAUAUGUUGACGGGGCCGAAGCCGGUAACGCAGACGAUUCAUCUGCCCAAGGAGGUUGUGGGGAAGUUGAGGGCGCAAGCAGAGAAAGAUCUCGCCUCUGCGAACAAUGGUAACGAAGAGGACGUACCGUUUAUAAGUGACGGCGACAUCCUCACAGCAUUUACCCUCCGCUGCAUCUCAAUCUCCCUCCCUGCCCCGCGUCCCUUGACCGCCCUCCACGCAAUGAACGCUCGAUUCCGCCUCCCAUCCCUAAUCAAUGCGAAAGGUGCAUAUCUAUCCAAUAUGCUAGUCCCUGGCUUCACCUUUUUGGAUCCUGAAAUGUCCACGGGACCACUUGGGCAGAUUGCCCUACAUAACAGACAGCGUCUACUGGAGCAAGCAACGGAAGCCCAAGUCCUAGCCAGUCUGCGUGAACAACGUGUAUCCGGUGAUCCGUCGACGUUACUUUAUAGCGACGCGGAUGCGCUAUUAGUGCCGUUUACGGACUGGACGAAGGCGAAAUUCUUUUCUGCAGUGGACUUCAGUGCGGCGAUUUUGAAAGCGGGGGUGGUGGGAACGGGAGGAGGGUGGGAAUGA